CCACGCCGCCCUGAGAUCCUUCCAGAAGUGGCCGGCAGGACCACGCAACUCUCGGUCUGAAAUAUUCACCAGAUUAAGAUUAACCCAGAGAGCUGAGUGAGUUCAUCUGCUGGGAAAGAUGUCUACGCUAGGGACCCUCGCCUUCGACGAGUAUGGAAGGCCGUUCAUUAUCAUUAAAGACCAGGAUAAGAAGUUCCGGCUGACGGGCCUGGAUGCUCUGAAGUCACACAUCAUGGCAGCAAAGGCAGUGGCCAACACCCUCAAGACUUCACUGGGUCCAAAUGGACUUGAUAAGAUGAUGGUGGAUAAAGAUGGUGAAGUGACAGUCACCAAUGACGGAGCAACAAUCCUCAGCAUGAUGGAUGUGGAUCAUCAAAUUGCCAAACUCAUGGUGGAGCUCUCCAAGUCUCAAGAUGAUGAAAUUGGAGAUGGCACCACUGGAGUAGUUGUUCUUGCUGGAGCUCUCUUGGAGCAGGCAGAGCAGCUGCUGGACAGAGGCAUUCACCCAAUCCGGAUUGCUGAUGGAUAUGACCAGGCUGCCCGUAUAGCCAUUGAACAUCUGGACAAGAUUGGCGACAGUUUCCCAGUGGACCCCAGCAACACAGAGCCACUUAUUCAGACGGCCAUGACAACACUUGGUUCUAAAGUCAUUAACCGAUGCCACAGACAGAUGGCAGAGAUCGCAGUGAAUGCCAUUUUAACUGUGGCCGACAUGGAGAGAAAGGAUGUUGACUUUGAGCUCAUAAAGAUGGAAGGCAAAGUUGGAGGAAAACUGGAGGACACUCAGCUUAUCAAAGGUGUAAUCGUGGACAAGGAGUUCAGCCAUCCUCAAAUGCCCAAGGUGUUAAAGGACACAAAAAUCGCCAUUCUCACCUGCCCGUUCGAGCCACCCAAGCCUAAAACCAAGCACAAGCUUGACAUCACCUCUGUGGAAGACUAUAAGGCUCUGCAGAAGUACGAGAAGGAGAAGUUCCAGGAAAUGAUUCAGCAAGUGAAGGAGAACGGUGCCAACCUCGCCAUUUGCCAGUGGGGUUUUGAUGAUGAAGCAAAUCACUUACUGCUGCAGAAUGAACUCCCUGCUGUCCGCUGGGUUGGUGGACCUGAGAUUGAGCUCAUUGCCAUCGCCACUGGAGGGCGCAUUGUACCCAGAUUCUGUGAGUUGACGCCAGAGAAGCUGGGCGCUGCUGGCCUAGUAAGAGAACUCUGCUUUGGUACUACUAAAGACCGUAUGCUCAUCAUUGAGGAGUGCAAAAACUCCAGAGCUGUUACCAUCUUCAUCCGUGGUGGAAACAAAAUGAUCAUCGAAGAGGCUAAGAGAGCACUCCAUGAUGCCCUGUGUGUUAUUCGUAACCUGGUUAGGGAUAACAGAAUCGUUUAUGGUGGUGGUGCUUCCGAAAUAUCCUGUGCUCUUGCUGUGAAUGAGGCAGCAGAUAAGUGCCCGUCUUUGGAGCAGUACGCCAUGAGAGCUUUUGCUGAUGCUCUAGAGGUCAUUCCAAUGGCACUCGCCGAAAACAGUGGCCUGAACCCCAUUCAGACGAUGACUGAAGUCAGAGCCCGGCAGGUGAAGGAAAGCAACUCUGCACUUGGAAUCGACUGCCUGCGUCUGUCUACAAAUGAUAUGAAGCAGCAGCAUGUGAUUGAGACGCUCAUCGGGAAGAAACAGCAGAUUUCUCUGGCAACCCAAGUGGUGAAGAUGAUCCUGAAGAUAGAUGACAUCAGAAACCCUGGAGAAUCUGAAGAUUAGUCUGUGUUCUGUCUCUUUCAAUGGAGAUAGUGUUGUCAACUUUCUGGUCGUUAUUUAUCGUUUGAUACGCGCUUCUCAACCACUGUUCAGAGCAGAAAUGGUCAUUAAAAUCUGUUAGAAAUGAA